AUGGCGGCCUCUUCGCAGCACAGGAUGAAUACAUAUGGUGGUGGUGGCAGCAUGAACGAUUACGCCGACAGAAAUCCCCAGCACAACCUCUCAAUACGGCCGGGUUCGACGUCGCGGCCCUCGGGACGUUUUGCUCCUCCAGCGCAACCACCAAAUCACUCAGAUCCGUGGGAGCAGAUUAGCGACGAGCACAGGAGCGAGAUCAACGAUUGUUUCUCAUUAUUUGAUAUGAACAAGGACGAUACCCUAGACUUCAGCGAAUUUCGCUACGCCCUCCAAGCGCUCGGGUUCAGCAACAUACCACGGAGCGAAUUAAUAUCCGCGUUCAAGUCCGCUGCACACCCAAAGCCCCAAUGGACGCCUCUUCCCGCCAUACCGAACCAGCCACCGCCGAGCCAAUCCCCGGGCGUUGUCGACCUGCGUCUGAGCAGAGAAGGUUUUCAGUCUAUAGCCGCGAAAUAUGUCGCCGCGCGAGACCCGCGAGAAGAACUCCUCAAAACAUUCAGUCUGUUCGACAAAGGAGGCAAGGGCGUCAUCACGAUUGAAGAUCUGCGAACAGUGGUCAAGGAGCUUGGCGAGGACGUGCCUGACAACGAGCUGAGGAGCAUGGUGGAACAAUUUGAUGUGGAGGACAAGGGCGGCGUGUCAAGGGAAGAGUUUCUCGGCAUCUUCCUGGACAGGUGA